AUGAUAGGUCAACUCAAAGAAGACAAUAGAGCGGCUGAUCGAAAGGUGGAGGAAAUGCAGCAGCGAAUAAAUGAUCUAGAGAGACGUACGGUGAAUUUACGAAACAAACUUGAAGAAUCGAAGAAAAUACCCUUUUCCGCCUAUAAACAAGAAAAGAUAAUUAACAACCUCACCGAACAGGUACGAAUUCUAGAAAUAAAAGUAAAGGAUCGAGAUUUGACCAUCCGAGGACUAAACGAGGACAACGCGGAGUUGGCAGCAAUCAUAGAUAUGGAGAGAAAUGACAGGAGAUAUUACCAACAACAACUUGAAGAAGAAAAGAUCAAACGAAAGGAAGAAAACGAACGAACUCGACAACAGUUACAAGAAUCUCGUAACCGAAACUUAGAGAUUCUGGCAAGACAGAAUUAUUUACGGAAUCGCGAAGAAGAAGCUGUUCGCCAAUCAACGGUUCUAUCUCGUCAACUUCGUCGUGUCUCUAACUACUUAAUGGGAAAAUUUCAUUCAAACUACGUUGUAACCGGAAUACUCACCAUCAAACAAUCCGAUGACAAGUUAUACGCCCAUUUCAAUAAUUCCAGAAUGCUCGGAGAUGGUUUUGCUGCUUAUUUGAUACGCGAUGCUCUCAUGGAAAACAAAGAAAAAAGUAUAUUAGAAAUGGUGGAAGGCGUUAAUAUUCGGUAUACUGUAAAAGAGUUUCGUGAAUAUUUAGAAAUGAACGAUCGCACAGACAGAACUUGCAUAACCAGCUUCGGGUGGCUCGAUAUUCAAAACGGUAGGAUGACGGAAAAUAACUUAAACAACGAGAUCUACGCAGUCCUGAAUAAAUUGAAGUCGAAAUACGAAAUUAUUAGAGUUAUUCUACUACCCCAAAUCGAAAACUGCCUACGAGUCCAGUAUGCUCAACCUUACGAAUUUCAGUCUAUCAUUCGACAAAAUGACCAGCGAUCAAGUUUCUUCAAUGCGACGCUAAUCAACGCAGCGAGACAACUAUCCGAUGAUGUAUGUACGAUCGUAACGCGAAAUAUAGAAAACAUCGAUCAGGACUACGUGGGAUACAAAUUUUUUACGAAACCAAACUCUACGAAAAUCUUCUUCCAUAACGAGUAUACCAACGCAAUAAGAUUGAAAUUAUUAGACGAGCCGCGUUCCCUGUUGGAUGAUUGA